AGAUAAUAGAUAAUAAAUAAUAGAUAAAUGUAUAUUGAAGAGCCUAAAAAGCUUAAAGAGCUUAAAGAGCCUAAAGACCCUAAAGACCCUGAAGAACCUGAAAAACCUGAAGACCGUCCACAGAAGGAUAAUUCAGGAAAAUGUUUAUUAGAAAGAGGAAUAAAAAGUGAAGAUCAAAGAACAAUAGAAAGGUUAUCUAAAGAAGUUUCUUUAGAUCCUCAAGAAAGGAUGUUUAAGGCUAGAAAACGUCCAUUUCAUGUUGAUAAAGAGUACAAUUGCUUAGAAAUAAUAAAAGAAGUAGAAUAUAUGGCACAAAGAUAAUAUGUUGCUGAUUGAAAUUGAGGAAACAUCUGAAAAGAUAUUAAAAGAUAUUAAGAAAGAUGAGGAACCUUUAAAUAAGCAAGAAGAGCCUUAUAAGAAAUAUAAAACACCUAGUAUUGUGAGAGAACAAACAGAUAUGGACCGUAGAUAUGAAAGAGAAAGAAUUCGUAUGAAUGAAGUAAAGAGAGAUAUUCAAAAUGAAAAUGUUAGUGAUGUUGUAAGACAAUAUUAUAAUGAGCGUCCUGAAGUAGGGAAGAAAAGGCGUGAAAGAUCCCCAAUUAUUGGUCUUAAGAAUUUUAAUAAUUGGGUUAAAUCAGCAUUAAUUAGAAAAUUUACAAAAGAGUUUCCUAAGGACAUAUAUUUAGUUGUUUUAGAUAUUGGAUGUGGAAAAGGAGGGGAUCUUUUGAAAUGGAGUAAAGCAGGAAUUGCAGGAUAUAUAGGUAUUGAUUCAGCAGAGGUAUCUAUUAUGCAAGCUCGGGAAAGAUUUAGAAAAAUGAAAAAUCUUAAUUUUGUAGCGAAAUUUUAUGUUUUAGAUUGUUAUAUGUAUUCUCUUGAGACAAUUCUUCCACCAGAUGAACGAAAAUUUGAUAUAGUGAGUAUGCAGUUUUGUAUGCAUUAUGCAUUUGAGACAGAGGAAAAAUGUCAUCAAAUGCUUUCUAAUGUAUCAAAAAGUCUUUUACGUGGUGGGAAAUUUAUUGGUACUAUACCUAAUAGUGAUUUUAUUAUUGAGAAGAUUAAAAAGUUAAAGAAUGGUGAAAAAGGCUGGAGGAAUUCAAUUUAUAGAGUUGAAUUUAUAAGUCCUUUGACUUGUGAAUUUCGUCCACCAUUUGGACAUCGUUAUAGUUUUUAUCUUGAAGAUGCAGUUACUGAUAUACCUGAAUAUGUUGUACCAUUUGAAGCUUUUAGAGCACUUGCAUUGGAUUAUGAUUUAGAAAUGCUUUAUUGUAAACGAUUUCAUGAUGUUUUUUUUGAAGAACAAAAGGAUUAUGAAAUAAAAAUGCUUCUUCAACGUAUGAAUUUAAUUAAUAAUCAAGGAAAAAGACUUAUUUCUGAUGACGAAUGGGAUACUGCUGGAUUCUAUCUUGCAUUUGCAUUUGAAAAAAGAGGUUUAUAAUAAUUAUUUUAACUGAAUAUUUUA